AGCCUUUUCAUCAUCAAACACAAGUGUUAUCAAUUCAGCCACCAAACGUCUCUAAAUUUCUUAUUUCCAAUCUUCCGAAAAGAAAAUGGCAAUGAUUAGUACCAAGAAACUCAUCAAAAUGGUUAGGAAAUGGCAGAAGUUUGCAGCUAUGCAGAGGAAGAGGAUUUCAUUUUCAAGAAAUGGCAGUGAAGCAGAUUAUUGUGGUACGUCUUCAUCGUCUAUAAUUGAAAAAGGACAUUUUGCAGUAUAUACAGCUGAUCAAAAGCGUUUCAUGAUUCCCUUGGUUUAUCUUGAAAAUGAGAUCAUUAGGCAACUUUUGAACAUGUCUGAAGAAGAAUUUGGUCUUCCGAGUGGUGCUCCUAUUACAUUACCUUGUGACUCAGCCUUCAUGGACUAUAUCAUUUCGCUAAUAAGGAAAAGCGUAACUUCCGGAGAUCUUCACAAAGCAUUGAUCCUAUCAAUUCCUUCAUGUUGUUGUUCGACUUCUUCUUUGCACCGAGAAAGUGGAAACCAACAGCUUCUUGUUUGUUGAGUCAUAAUCAACAUUUAGCAAAAUGUUGUUUUAGAUAGGGCAUAGAAUGAAGAACACAAUUGUAAAGCGCAUCAUACAGAUUGAAUAUAUUUACCAUAUCCAUGGCUUCACUUUUCAAUUUGGUUAUUAGAAGUCCUAACAAUGUGUAUCUACUUUGUUCUAAUCACAUCCGUUUUAUCUUUCAA